GCGGACAUUCGGACUAAAUUUUCUCGUCAAGGGGCGCGUGGCUCCUACGAUCGAAACGAAAAAAAAAGAUAGUUUAAUUUAACGCGCUACUUUAUCAACAACGGCUUGCUGCGAUUUCGAGUGGUGCGUUUUCAAGCACGCGUACGGCGAUUAGAGUCAUUGAUGGACAAAUUCUUCAAGGCCCUCAGCCGCAAGAAACCGAACGACGAUGACGGUAGUCAUUCGAAGCUGGCCCGCGUUCUUACUCUGCUAGAUCUAACGGGCCUGGGUGUCGGCAGUACCCUGGGCUUGGGAGCAUACGUUCUAGCCGGAUCGGUUGCCUACGAACAGGCAGGUCCCGGGGUGGUGCUAUCGUUUGUGAUAGCUGCCCUGGCGGCUGCCAUUGCCGGGCUUUGCUAUGCGGAGUUUGCCGCUCGAGUUCCGAAGGCUGGCUCGGCGUACAUCUACACGUACAUUACGAUCGGGGAGUUUGCUGCCUUUACCAUCGGAUGGAAUCUGAUGCUGGAAUACAUCAUUGGAACUGCCAGUGUAGCUCGGGGGCUCAGUGGCUACAUUGACGCACUGAUCGACUACCGGAUGGCGAAUGCAAUGCAAAGUAUCGUACAGUUCCGGGUGAGUUUCCUCGGAAGAUAUCCGGACAUAUGUUCGUUCUUCGUGGUGCUUACGAUCACUGCCCUCCUAGCAUACGGUGUCAAAGAGUCCACGGUAUUGAACAACAUCUUCACCGGCGUCAAUCUGAUGGUGAUUGUGGUGGUUCUGAUUUCCGUUGGAACUAAGGUCAAUCCUGACAAUUGGAAUAUUAAGCCGGAAGAUAUUCCUCCCGGGGUGGAAGCCGGUGUGGGAGGCUUCAUGCCAUACGGGUUGGCAGGAGUCAUGGCAGGGGCUGCCAAGUGCUUCUACGGUUACGUGGGAUUCGAUUGUAUCGCUACGACAGGGGAAGAAGCCCGGAAUCCAUCCAGAAAUAUUCCUCUGGCCAUAAUUUUCUCCUUGAUCAUCAUAUUUCUGUCGUAUUUUGGAGUGGCUACCGUGCUCACGAUGGCUUUGCCCUACUACAACCAGGAUCCAAUAGCACCGUUUCCGAACCUAUUCGAUUGGCUUGGGUGGCAGGAGAUCAAAUGGAUCGUAUCCAUUGGAGCCAUCUUUUCUCUGUGUACGAACUCCUUGGGUGCGAUGUUCCCUCUUCCACGAGUCCUGUACGCAAUGUCUUCGGAUGGCAUCAUGUUCAAAAAGCUUCGCGAGGUGAAUCCAGUGACGAAGACACCCAUAUUUGCAACUAUCAUAUCCGGAUUAGUAUCCGGAACGAUGGCUUUGCUGUUCGAUCUGCAUCAGCUGAUCGAUAUGAUGUCGAUUGGAACACUGUUGGCGUACACGAUCGUCGCUCUGAGUGUUCUGGUUCUUAGAUACGAUGAGAAUACCAACUUUAGGACCAGUGUUCCCAGCCAGGACAAUACGAUUAUCGUGAAACAGCUGUUCAAUCUGAACAUCGCCAAGACUCCGAAUGCCCUUUCCUCGAAGAUCGUCAAGAUCAGUUUGCUGCUAUACGCUCUCAUCAUAUGUGCCAUCAGUGCCAUACUGAUGCACGGUCAAAACUACCUCUCGGCUCAGUACCCGUUGAAUCUCACCAUCUUGACCAUCCUCGCCAUGUCGAUUCUGAUUCUGUUCCUGGUCAUCGCUUGUCAACCUACGGAGCAGUCCAAGAUUACGUUCAAAGUCCCACUGGUGCCGUUCAUCCCGAUGCUGAGCAUCCUGGUCAACAUCUAUCUCAUGUUCCAACUGGAUGCAGCCACCUGGAUCAGUUUCUCCGUUUGGCUGCUGAUUGGGUUCCUGAUCUACUUCACCUACGGUAUUCGGCAUUCGGUACUGGGUUCCGGCAGUCAGACGCUCUGCGAAAGUCAGCUGGAAAAUCCGUUCGCCAUGAUUGGCGUUGAAAAGGCGUAAUCCUAACCUCAAACCUACCAAAGGGCAUAAAGGGCAAGUGGGAUAGUAUGAGUUUCAUUCCGGGUUAAGGCUAGUAGUUGUAAGCAAUGAAUCGCGAGAAUCUAGUCAAACGAAAUGUGAUUUUACGAAGUGUGAUCAAUGUGUGUAAAUUUACAUCUCUGAGUGUAUAGUAUGUUUAUGUUUUCGAAAAUUUCAUUCUUUUGACAAUGACUUCGACAAUA